CUCACACACACACAUGCACAGAAGCAGGAAGUGACUCCUCAUUUCAGAGAAAACAAAACUCAGUCUCUCUCUCUCUCUCUCGCAUUGUGUGAGUUCAAGAAAAUGGCCGAAGCCAGUAUUUCAGUAGAUCAGGACCAGUUCCUCUGUUCAGUGUGUCUGGAUCUACUGAAGGAUCCAGUGACGAUCCACUGUGGUCACAGUUUCUGUAAGGUGUGUAUUAAUGACUGCUGGGAUCAGGAUGAUAAGAGCGGAGUUUAUCGCUGUCCUCAGUGCAGAGACACUUUCACACCAAGGCCUGUUCUACGCAGAAACAACAUGCUGUCUGAAGUGGUGGAGAAACUGAAGAAGAAGAAGAAGGCUGAAGUCCAAGCUGCUUCUCCUGCUCACUGUUACGCUGGACCUGGAGAUGUGGAGUGUGAUUUCUGCACCGGGAGAAAACACAAAGCCGUCAAGUCCUGUCUGAUGUGUCUGGCCUCCUUUUGUGAAACUCAUCUGAAACCUCACUAUGAAGUUCCUUCCUGGAAAAAGCACAAGUUAGUUGAAGCUUCUGGAAAUCUACAAGAGAAGAUCUGCUCUGAGCAUGAUAAAGAACUGGAGAUCUACUGUCGUACUGACCAAAGCUUCAUUUGUUAUCUGUGUAUGACGGAUGAACACAAAAGCCACGACACCGUCUCAGUUAAAGCAUACAGAAGUGAAAAACAGAGUGAGUUAAAGGAGGAGCAGAUGAAAUCCCAGCAGAGACUCCAGGAGAAGCAGAAGAAGGUGCAGGAGCUGAAACAGACUGUGAACACUAUAAAGCACAGUGCACAGACAGCAGUGGAGGACAGUGAGAGGAUCUUUACUGAGCUGAUCAGCUCCAUGGAGAAAAAGCGCUGGGAGGUGACGGAGCUGAUCAGAGAUCAGGAGAAUGCUGAACUGAGUCGAGCUGAACGACUCCUGGAGCAACUAGAGCAGGAGAUUGCUGAUCUUCAGAGGAGGGUCACUGAGCUGGAGCAGCUUUCACACACACACGAUCACAUCCAUUUCCUCCAGAGUUUCCAGUCUCUCUGUGUCUCUUCUGGACGUGAGGACUCACCCAGCAUCACUGUCAAUCAACAUCUCUCAUUUGAUGGAGUGAGGAAAUCUCUCUCUGCUCUGAAAAAGAGACUCGAGGAAUUCUGCCAGGAGGAACUCAUCAAAAUCUCUGAACAUGUUGAAGACGUUCAGAUUUUACUCUCAGAGCCAAAGAGCAGAGACGAGUUUCUGAAAUAUUUCUGUGAUCUGACUCUGGAUCCCAACACAGUAAAUUAUUACCUCAUUCUGUCUGAGAAGAACAGAGUGGUGACGCUCAGUGAGAGAGAGCAGCCGUACUCUGAUCAGCCAGAGAGAUUUGACCCCUACUGGCAGGUGUUGUGUAAGGAGAGAGUGUGUGGAUGCUGUUACUGGGAGGUGGAGUGGAGCUCUAAGGGAUGUGUGUUCAUAUCAGUGUCAUAUAAAGACAUCAGAAGGAAAGGACGGGGUAAUGAGUGUGUGUUUGGACGCAACAAUCAGUCCUGGAGUCUGCAGUGUUCUUCUUCUUCUCUCUCUUUCUGGCACAACAGCAUUAAGACUGAUCUCAGAGUUCCAUCCCCCUCCAGAAUAGGAGUGUAUGUGGAUCACAGUGCAGGAACUCUGUCCUUCUACAGCGUCUCUGACACGAUGAAGCUCCUCCACAGAGUCCACACCACAUUCACUCAGCCUCUAUACGCUGGGUUCAGGCUCGAAUGGUAUUUUAGGGUAAAUUUAGUCCCAACUGUGAGGUUGUGCGAUGCAAAAAAAUAAUGAGUUUUUGGUGUUUUAUAGUCACUAAUUUGUUGAUUAAAAAAGAACUCCAUGCACAUUUCCUUAUUGAUCCUCAAUUGUGAAAAAAAAUACGAACAUUAAAUCAUUAAAAACACUAAAUGUUAAAACUGCAUUUAGCCACAGUCUAGAAUCAUCAGUUACAGAUAUAAAGGAAAUGAAAUUGUAAGAUCUGAAUGUACAGCCAAUAAAAUAUAAAAUCUCUACUGAUUUCUGAAAUUAGUGCAGCAAAAUGCCUGAACUUUCUCUAAAGUCUGGAUUUAUUGGGUUUUAUGUUUGUAAUUGUAAAUAUAAUAAUUUGUAAUUUGGUAAUAAUGGUUUGGUUAAAAUGUUUACUGACUCUAAUAAACCCUUAAAAUGUGGAUGUUUCGCUCAGAAAUAUUUCAUUACUAAUAACCUGUUUUAGUUCUCAGAGAAAUCUGGUUUGUUUUUUCAUGAAGAUGGAGACCAAAAUAAAGCUUUCCAGGAAUUUUCAGGAUCA